AUGCGGCAACGAAUACGGACUGAUUCGGCUCGUAACAGACAGAGAGGAGAUGUACGCUCUUCGAGCCGACGCACGAGUUCAACUUCAACUGAAAGGCCAACGGUGUCGAAUGAUACUGGCGGUCCACGCACCUGCGCUGACCGAUCACCAUGGUGUUCGGCAUGGAUCCAGCGGAGUGCUCGUGUCUGCGUUAUUUCGUCGAUCUUCAUGCGUCGAGACUGUGCAAGAACGUGUCGUUUCUGCUGA